AUGCAACUAUUACCAUUCAGUUUCUUCCUUUUGUUUGCUCUCAGCUUAAGAGAGUGCGUGGAGACAGCCGCAAGCCAGGAUUCGGAUGGCUUUACCACGCCCAGUCCUGCUUGGAUUGAGUACCAGCGCAUUCGCUUCAGUCAAGGUCCGAAUGACCCGAAUAUUUUAACCAGCUCCCAGAUUUUAGGGAGCUCUACCAAGGCACCUGUUCAUACUGUGGUCGUGGUCACUCCCAAUGUGGAGACUACAUCGCGGAGGCACUCGUCGCAUUCGACAGAGAGCCAUGAGGAGGAGGACUCUACAGAACCACCGGUAGACAACGGAGAAGGAGAAAAUGGUGGCGAAAUCGAGAUGCCCAGCAUGCACGGCUUCCUUAAGUUUCUGAAAACCAUGCAGAACAGCUGGAUCAAGAAGUCGGCCCUCAGCAUUGAAAAGAAGAUCAAACUCCUCCAGAAUCUUCGUGACAAUCUAAUGCGGAUGAUUGAGCAACAUUUCGCGGUUCUGUGGCAGCCACCGGAGCGGAAGAGACGCAGGCGUCGUGGCCUGAUGGACGAAGCCGCAAUAGAUUUCCCACCCGAAGCAGCCAUCAUGAGCAUUAAUUUCCUUACAUUCGCUGUUUUUCUCAUCAAGCUGGUGAUGGUAGGUCGUCUUCUAUAUUAA